CGGCCUGAGAACGCCGGAGUGAGGAGUUGGUCGUAGUGAGAGGGACCGAUCCCUUGGGGCCGCCGACGGCGAGAGCCUGAGCCGCUCCUCCCAAUGGCGAAGAAGACGUACGACCUGCUUUUCAAGCUGCUCCUAAUCGGGGACUCGGGAGUGGGGAAGACCUGCGUCCUUUUUCGUUUUUCGGAUGAUGCCUUCAAUACCACCUUUAUUUCCACCAUAGGAAUAGACUUUAAGAUCAAAACAGUUGAAUUACAAGGAAAGAAGAUCAAGCUGCAGAUAUGGGAUACAGCAGGCCAGGAGCGAUUUCAUACGAUCACUACCUCCUACUACAGAGGAGCAAUGGGUAUUAUGCUAGUAUAUGACAUCACCAAUGGUAAAAGUUUUGAAAACAUCAGCAAAUGGCUUAGAAACAUAGAUGAGCAUGCCAAUGAAGAUGUGGAGAGAAUGUUGCUAGGAAACAAGUGUGAUAUGGACGAUAAAAGAGUGGUACCUAAAGGAAAAGGAGAACAGAUUGCAAGGGAGCAUGGUAUUAGAUUUUUUGAGACUAGUGCAAAAGCAAAUAUAAACAUCGAAAAAGCAUUUCUCACAUUAGCUGAAGAUAUCCUUCGAAAGACCCCUGUAAAAGAGCCCAACAGUGAAAAUGUAGAUAUCAGCAGUGGAGGCGGCGUGACAGGCUGGAAGAGCAAAUGUUGCUGAACGUCUUCCUGUUCCAUCAAAUGCCAUCCACUACCCCGUUUUCUCUUGCUGCAAAAUAAACCACUCUGUCCAUUUUUAACCCUAAACAGAUAUUUUUGUUCCUCAUCUUAACUAUCCAAUCCACCUAUUUUAUUUGUUCUUUCAUCUGUGACUGCUUGCUGACUUUAUAAUUUCCUUGAAACAAACAAAAUGUAUAGAAAAAUCAUGUCUGUGACUUCAUUUUUAAAUGUACUUGCUCAGCUCACCACUGCAUUUCAGUUGUAUUAUAGUCUGGUUCUUCUUAUCAACAUUAAAACCUAUAGCAAUCAUUUCAACUCUAUUCUGCAAAUUAUAUAAGAAUAAAAGUUAGAAUUAACAA